AGGGAGCAGGCGGGGGAGUAGGAGUACGACGACAACGAGGACGAGAGGAGGGCGGCCAAGGGGGGAGGUGAUGAUGGUGAUAGUGAUACACAAGAUAUGGACGUGCGGCGAGAGGUGGCGCGCGCCAGGGGUAAGAUGAGGGGGGACAAGGCCAUUGACGAGGACACUACCCCGGACGAGGACGGCGACGACGAUGAUGACGACGAGGAUCAAGGCGCAGACAUUGGGGCCUCUCUUGAUGGGGGGCUGAUAGCCGCUGGCCGUCGAGGCCAAGAGGGGGCUGCCAAAGCGAUGAAGGAGGCCACGGAAUCGAAGAAGAGAAAGAGGAAGGCAAAGAAGACCGUUACAGAGGCGACACCAGCACCUCUUCUGCCGAAGAAGGCAGAGUACUUCGACAGACAUCCAUGGUGGAAACCUUCGAUCCGGUGUGGCAACGAGAGUUUUCGAACUCCUUUCUGCAGUGGUGGCGUUGACGAUGAGCGACGAAUGGUUGCCGACUGCAUGGAGGAGGUCUGUUUUCUUACAGGCCAGGUGCGGUACGCACCAUUUUGGGAGCACGUGGAGGACAUCGUGGAGCUGAUGAUGCCUGUGAUGCAGCUGCUACGCCGUUUGGACAGAGGGGGGUGCAUGAUGACUCGCAUGUGGUCGAGGGCACUUGCCAUGGUUGACAGGGUGGCGAGAGCGAGACUGAAUAGGACGUUGAUGGAGGAGCUCAACAUCAUUGUUCAAGCUUGUCAGGCGCGGGUCGAUCAUAUGUUGGAGCCCGCACAUUGCAUGGCCCACCUCCUCAACCCUCGCCACAUGAGCAUUACAUAUUUUGGAGCGGCAAGGCGCAGCGAGCACGAUAAGACACUCGCAGAGGAGUCGCUGCGAUACCUUCACCAGCAGACUGACGAAGAUGAGGAUUUGUAUCAGACGUUGCGCACGCAGUUGGCGGAGUUUCUUAGUCGAGAGGGCGAUUGGACGUAUGGAGGGGUUGAGGGUGACAGGGACGCAGCCUCCUGCAGAGGGGAGAAGGAGACGUCGCAGGUCGGGCAGUGGUGGGUACAGCACGAGGACGGGGUCCCACUCCUUCAGAGUUACACCAUUCGCCUGACACACAUAUGGACGUGCGCCUCUCCAGCGGAGAGGAAUUGGGCUGUCCAUAAGCGUGUUCAGGUGAAGAAGCGUAACCAGCUUUGUUUUAUCAAGCUUGCUCGUUUGGUGGAGAUAUCCACCAACUUGAGAUUGAGUCGCUGUCAGGGGAGGGGUUCAGGGUACGUUAUGCCAUGGGAGGAUGCUGAGGAGGAGUCAGCGGACACUAUUCCUCCGCCUCGUGACGAGGGUGUUCGGCCAACUGACCAAGCUCCGCCCAACGUCGAGACGUAUUUCGGUCGUCGUGCCACGGUGUUCAUGCCGACUGAGUUGGACGCCGUGUACGAUCUCGAGCCUGAUCCUAUGGCUCAGGACCCGAUUGAGGCGGAGUCGUGGUCUGAUCUAGACGACCUGGCAGUGGAGUCAGAUCUCGGAGAUUCUGAUGAUGGUCGCGACGAUGUUCCUCUCGCCGAGACGUUGCGUCCUCGGGCGCGUGCUUCCACUGCAGCUGCUGCGCCGCGUCCCCCUCCCCCUCCACCUCCGCCUUCGAGUGCCCGUGCUUCCAUUGCAGCCGCUGCGCAGCAUCCCCCUCCCCCUCCACCUCCGCCUUCGAGUGUUCGUGCUUCCAUUGGAGCCGCUGCACAGCAUCCCCCUCCACCUAUAGAUCAUCCUGGACAUGGCGAGCAGAGGACUCGGGAGAUUGUUGACGAGGGAGACGAUGACGACGACGAUGACAGGGAGGGGUACGAGGGCAGCAGUGAGGACGAGGAUGAUCCCGGCUAUUCCCCGACACGUGGACGUGGUGACGACGACGACGACGGUAGUGAUGGUACACAGGCUGCAUGUGGUUUGCGAACGUCGGUUCGACAGCGUGCCGACCGAUGCAGUGGUGCAGGCAGGGGAGGCAGUGGUGAUGGCAGGGGUGUGGGGGGUGCAGGUCGUGGUGGCGGAGGAUGGGCGAGGCGAGAGUCUGCAUCGUCCAAUCGCACUGUGCACUGGGUUGAUGAGGGUGCCGCUACAGGAGAGGUCUGUGCCGGGUCGACAGAGUUUAGUGCUGCGUCGGCAGAGGCCGCUGCAGAGGCUGCUCCCUCCACUGCAGAGUUUGCAGCGGCGUCUGAGGAGGUCGCAGGCGGGUUUGCAGAGGUUGCUGGCGAGGCUGCACAGGUUCGGAGGGCUUCUGCGCAGUUGGGUGCCAGUUUCAGUGGUAUUUUUGAUGUUUCGUUAGGGCUUCCUCCGACACCGGCAGGCGAGCGUGGCAGUGGUGAUGCGGACGCAGCGGCUACGCCCGAGCGAGCGCCAGAGUCGGAGCAGGAUACGAUCGACCGCGAGGAGAGGGAGAGGGCGCAGGACUUGGCUAGCCGUUGCGAGAUGACACAGAGCAUUGCGUCGAGGGCACCGGUCGAGAGGAUGCUCGAGAUGGGUGGUGGUGAGGGUCAUCGUGUGACGGACGAUGCAGUGCUUGAGUGUGGUGGUGCAGGUGGUGGGGAUGCAGGCGAGAGACCCUCGUCGCCGGUUCAGGGUGUUUGUAUAUUGCCUAUCGGUGGAGCCAUGAUAGCGGGGGAGUUGGAGCGGCAGGCACGGGAGGACCCAUUGCAGGCAGAUCGACGCGGACGGAUGAAUGAGAACAUAGGAUUCGUGAAAACCUAAUAAAACAAAUUGUUAGGUUUGCACAAAAAAUUUCAAAGAUUGUCAUAGUACGUUUUUCAGGCCUCCUGCAUCAACAAAAUUCUAGGUGAAGU